GUCGUAAGGUAUUAUAACAUUUAUUUGUUGCCCACCUAUGUUUUUAAAAUUAUAUAUACUAAAGAAUUUUGUCUACGUCAUGCCCAUUAUAUCAUGCAUGUGACCUCAUGGUUAUUGGUGCGCCUAUAUAUAUGUAUAUGAUGCAAGUUAUUGUUUGAAAAGACCAAAAACAUCCAACAAAUUGUAAUUCAAAUGGAGGGUUUGUAUCAAUGUGACGCAAAUUAUGUGCCAUUAUCACCAAUUAGCUUUAUCGAAAGGGCAUCAUUCGUAUAUGAAAAAAGCCCAUGUAUUAUUUACGAAGAAAAGACGUAUACAUGGAAAGAAACACGUGACAGAUGUGUGAAACUCGCAUCAGCUCUCUCCAUUAGAGGAGUUGAUCCCGGACAAGUUGUUGCAACUAUUGCCCCAAACACGCCUGCUCAUUACGAGCUUCAAUUUGGGGUUCCAAUGGCUGGUGCGAUCCUUUCUUCACUCAACACAAGCCUUGAUCCACCAGCAUUAGCAACCACUCUACAAGAACUCGAACCCACGAUCAUCUUUGUAGACCACCAAUACAUCCAUAUUGUUAUUCAAGCAUUCAAGCUACUAUCUCCAGAAACACCAGCUCCAUUGCAGCUGGUUUUGAUCGGUGGCAAGAAUUGCACCAGCGUGCCAUCGAACACAUUCGACUAUGAGGAUCUUGUUUCAUUGGGAAAACCCGAUUUCAAAAUCAUACAUCCUAAUGAUGAAAACGAUCCAAUUUCGAUAAAUUUCACUUCAGGCUCAACUGGAAAGUCUAAGGGGGUUGUGUAUAGCCACAGAGCAGCGUAUUUAAACUCGUUAGCAGUUAUCUUUAGAUACGACAUGAAGAAAAUGCCGGUUUUCUUGUGGACGGUUGAUAUGUUUCGUUGCAACGGGUGGUGUUUCCCAUGGGCAGUGGCUGCAUUAGGUGGCACCAAUAUUUGCCUUAGAGAUGUAACGGCGGAGGGGAUCUUCAACUCGAUUGUGAUUCAUAAGGUAACACACUUGUGUGGUCCCCCGACGAUUUUAGAAAAGAUUGCAAGUUGUGAAACUAAGGAACAAGGGGUGAUUCAAACUAAGGUAAAUGUAAUUGUCGCGGGGCCUUUGCCGCCGUUGGAAGUUAUAUUGAAUGUUGAGAAAUUAGGGUUUGAUGUACACCAUGGCUAUGGGAUGACAGAAGCUCUCGGGCCCGUGAUGGAUAGAUCUAUGAGAACGAGUGACGAAGAAGAAAAAUGUAACAAUGAGAAUAUAAAGAUAAGUCGUCGCGAAGGAAUUCACAACAUUUUAAUGGAAGAUGUUGAUGUGAAAGACCCUAAGACCAUGACUAGUGUACCAUGGGACGGGAAGACAAUCGGCGAAGUGGUGUUUAAGGGUAAUGUGGUAAUGUUAGGUUACUUUAAAAAUUUGGAAAGGACACAAACAGCGUUUAAAGGCGGGUGGUAUAGGACAGGGGACAUUGGGGUUAGAAACCCUGAUGGAGAUAUAGUGAUGAAGGAUCGUUUGUUAGAUUGCAUUAUCAUAAACGGGCAGAUUGUGAGCACGAUGGAUAUUGAACGAGUCAUAAGAGGUCAUCCUUUUGUAAAGGAUGUUGCGGUUGUUGGAAAACCUGACAACCUAGUUGGUGAAACUCCAUAUGCUUUCGUUACGUUGAAAGAUGGGGGUUGUUUAACAAGUAACGACAUCAUCAAGUUUUGCAAAGAUAAUUCGUUGCCUCGGAGCAUGAUCCCAUCGAACGUUAGUUUCGGGAAUUUACCCGUGAAUUCAAUCGGUAAGGUUCAAAAAUUUGUUCUUAGGGAAAAUGCCAAGGCCAUUGAGAGCACUAAAUGACCGUAAAUAUUGAAACGAGCUUUGUAGUUUAUAUAUGCUCCUACAUGCAACAUUGCCUUUGAUAUUUGUAUGUUAUUAUAUAAAAAAGUUAAGCAUAGACACUUAUUAUUCCCAUUCCGUCUUUUUUACAUAUAAUCACGGGUCCAUUUUAUAUUGGGCCCACUUAUGCCUCAGUUGUCAAAUCUUGGA